UCACCCUGACAAAAGAAUUUUACGGUUCUUCCUUCAGAACUCAUGAACAUCCGGAGCAGAGCACCAUAAUGACGGAGGAAGCUUGCAGGACACGAAGUCAGAAGCGAGCACUUGAACGGGAAAUCACCCAAAACGACGUGGACUGUAAAAAGAUGAAAAUGGACAAGGGGCUUUUGGGCGGCCCUGAGGCCGACUCUGAAGGGGGGGACCUUAAGCUAAAGACUGAGUCUGGAUCUAGUAGAGUCCAGGGAUUAUUAAAAGGAGGGGAGAUGAAAGCAACCAUCCGAGUGGAGGUUCAGACGGGAGAUGAGCCGGUGGAUAUGAGCACCUCAAAAAGUGAUGCAAAGCAAGAGAGGAGAGUCCCUUCACCGGAUGUAAUAGUACUAUCUGACAACGAGCCGUCAAGCCCAAGAAUGAAUGGAUUAACCAAAAUAGCAUUAAAAGAGACCAGCGCAGAAGUGCUAAUGAAAAGCAGCCCAGAAGAACGGGAGCGAAUGAUUAAACAGCUGAAAGAGGAAUUGCGGUUAGAAGAAGCUAAGCUGGUCUUACUGAAAAAAUUACGACAAAGUCAGAUACAAAAGGAGACAACGGCUCAAAAGCCUGCUGGUUCUUCAGGAAAUGCUGUAGCAACACCUCCCCCAUUAGUGCGGGGAACACAGAACAUGGCAUCCAGCAAGUCAGCCCUUCUACAGAACACUUCUUCACGUAUUCCUGGGACUGUUAUUCCGCCUCCUUUGAUCCGGGGUGGGCAACAGGCAUCUUCAAAGCUGGGCUCUCAACAGAACACGCAAAUAGUCAUGCCACCUCUAGUCCGAGGAGCACAGCAAAUUCACAACAUCCGCCCGCACUCCAGCUCGGGACCUCCUCCGCUGCUCCUCGCUCCGCGGGCCUCCGUUCCCAGCGUGCAGAUCCAGGGCCAGCGGAUCAUCCAGCAGGGCCUCAUCCGUGUUGCCAAUGUCCCGAAUGCGAGCCUUUUGGUCAACAUCCCGCAGGCCUCCCCAACUUCGUUGAAAGGUGCAGCUGGGACAUCCGGCCAGGUGAACUCUUCGAUCGCCACCAGCGUUGCUUCCAUCGUCAACUCAAACGACUCUCCUGCCAGUCGGCAAGCAGCUGCCAAGUUGGCAUUGCGGAAACAGCUGGAGAAAACCUUGCUGGAAAUUCCUCCACCCAAACCUCCGGCUCCUGAAAUGAACUUCCUGCCCAGUGCGGCUAAUAAUGAGUUCAUCUACCUAGUUGGGUUGGAGGAAGUGGUGCAGAACCUACUAGAAGCUCAAGGUAAAGUCUCCGUCAGCCCCUCCUCGCAGGAGCCCUACACCUGCGUCCAGUGCAAGACGGACUUCACCUGCCGCUGGAGGGAGGAGAAGAGCGGCUCCAUCAUGUGCGAGACGUGCAUGUCCUCCAAUCAGAAGAAGGCCCUCAAGGCCGAGCACACGAGCCGGCUGAAGGCCGCCUUUGUGAAGGCCUUGCAACAGGAGCAGGAGAUCGAGCAGCGGAUAUUGCAACAGGCCGCCUCCCCGAUUCAGAGCAAGCCAGAACAGAUAGCUCAGCAGCAUCACGCGCUCAAGCAGGCCUCCAGCCAGCUGCCCCGAAGUGCCAGCACCCCUCGCGGAGUCUUGCAUGCAUUUAGCCAGUCGCCCAAGUUGCAGAACGCCUCCGGUGUGGCCGUACUUGGUGGCAGGCAAGGUAAGCGUGCUCAGAGACCCAUCGGCAAAGGAGGUGCUUACACUUGGAAGAAGACACCCGUCAACGCAGGAGGGACGUUGAACUUUGUUAACCCUAGUCUCACCGUGCACAAAACCUCCUCCUCGGCCGUAGAUCGCCAGCGCGAGUAUCUCUUGGAUAUGAUUCCUCCACGGUCCAUCCCUCAAUCGGCCACAUGGAAAUAACACAGGAACCUCCGCCCCGAGUGGAAGACUUCAAUUUUUUUUUCCUAUGACAUCUUCUUGGGCUUUUUUCUUCUUCUUCUUCUUCUUCUGAUUCUGCCAUCCUUCCCUCCCGAAAUCUCUCCACGCAGUGGAAAAGCCGCUUUCAAGUCUAACUGGAUCUGCCUGCGGGGUUUGCCGAAAAGUAUUUU